GAGCGAGCUCAGCCCCGUGUCCAGGCGUCCACGUCCGCGUCGUCGUCCGAGUCCCUGGUGGCCGCCGCGCACCCGGACACACAACCCAACCCCCCGUUAUAAGACCGCCGCGCGACGGCGCACGCCACCCCGAUCCCCCCUCGAUUCAUCGGCCCCUUGGCUCUGCCGCCGUGCCGCGUGCGUCUGAGCUGAUGCGAGCUAGCCGAACCGGGCCAAAUCCUAGCAAGUUGCCGCGGUCUCGUGCCCGCGCGCGCCAACCGGGCAGCCUUCCGUGACCUCCCUUUCCCUUCGGUAGCAGCUGCAGCUCUUAUCUUCGUCGUCGGCGGCGGCGGCCCGAUUCCAGCGAAAGGCGGAGGAGUAACUAAAAUAACUACUUAGCACCGGCGGAAAGUCGCCGUCGUCGGGGGCAGCUUGGCGAGAAUUUUCCGCUACAGUUUCAGUGCGAACCUGGCGCCGAGGGACCUGACGACGCCCAGUCCAUUCUGGUGGGUAAGAGUAAGACGGAGUUGGGAAGCGGCGUUGAGACCCAGUGAAUUCCUGCACACGCGCAUCAUUAGUCGGUGAGCGCGAGGGAGAGAAAGAGGAGUUGGAGGGACGCCGGACGGCAUGGAGGGUUGCAACUCGCACGGCGGUGGCGGCGGCGGAGGAGGAGGAGGAGGAGGAGGAGGGUCGAGCUCGCCGCCGCCGUUCCUCAUCAAGACCUACGAGAUGGUGGAGGACCCGGCGACGAACCACGUGGUGUCGUGGGGACCCGGCGGCGCCAGCUUCGUGGUGUGGAACCCGCCGGACUUCUCGCGGGACCUGCUGCCCAAGUACUUCAAGCACAACAACUUCUCCAGCUUCAUCAGGCAGCUCAACACAUACGGUUUCCGAAAGAUCGAUCCAGAGAGAUGGGAGUUUGCCAACGACGACUUCAUACGGGGACACACGCACCUUCUGAAGAACAUCCACCGGCGCAAACCGGUGCACAGCCACUCGCUGCAGACGCAGGUGAACGGGCCAUUAGCGGAGUCCGAGAGGCGCGAGCUUGAGGACGAGAUCAACAGGCUCAAGUACGAGAAGAGCCUGCUGCUGGCAGAUCUCCAGAGGCAGAACCAGCAGCGGUGCGGGAUCAGCUGGCAGAUGCAGUCGCUGGAGAGCAGGCUGGUGGCGAUGGAGGAGCGCCAGAGGCACAUCGUGGCGUCCCUGUGUGACAUCCUGCAGAGACACGGGGUUGUUCCGGGCUCGACGACGACGACGCUGGAGAUGGAGACGCCGGCGGACCACUUCAGCAAGAAGAGGAGGGUGCCGAAGUUCGGUUUCUUCGUCGACGCCGACGAACCCAAGGUGGAAGAACAGCAGGUGCCGUCGUUCCUGCAGACGGUGGGAGGAGUAGUAGCAGAGACACCAGGCAUGUCUCCGAUCCGCCUUUUGAAUGAUGAGCCGUUUGAGAAGAUGGAGCUGGCCUUGGUGUCGCUGGAGAAUUUCUUCCAGAGGGCAACCCAUUCGCCUGCUGCCAAUGACAUUGACAUGUACGCUGGUGGUGCUGCUGAACCACCCAGCCCUGCUCUGAGUCUCGGGGAGAUGUUCUCAGUCUCAGCACCAAUGGAUACCAGUAUCAAUCUGCAGUCAUCAGCUCGCCACUGCCAGAAUCCCUUUGCUUCCACCUCAGGGCAAGACCAGUCGUCAUCUCCAUUGGCACAAGCAGAACCUCCGAGCUACGACGCCCGGAGCCCGAUCCUGCCAUUGGCACAGCUCCAUGAAUAUGCCCCUAGGGCAGCUGAAGUCGAUAUGAACUCUGACACCACAACUGGCGACACUUCACAAGAUGAGACCACCAGUGAAACUGAAGGUUCCCAUUUGCCGGCCAAGGCGAACGAUAUAUUCUGGGAGCAGUUUCUCAAAGACGAAGAGGGUAAAAUAGAAGCAAAGGAAGAUGUGAAGACUGCCGUAGACCGCAGCUGUCGUCGUCUACAGGACAAUGUUGAUCAGAUCACUGAGCAGAUGGGGCAGCUCGAUUCAGCUGAGAACGGCUCUUAUGCACCCCAGACUUACUGAUAUCACAACAUCGGUGCUGACCCAUGUAGUCCAUUUGUAAAGCUACAGCGCUGUACAUUAUAGACUAGUUUACGCCACCUUAGUUCCUUAAAUGCCCGGAUAGUAUAGCUAGCUAAGUCUUUUCUAGCAUUUCCUACUGUAAAAGGUAAAAUUAUCUGCUGACCCAUGUACAUUGUGUCCUUGUUCUGAAGUCGAUUAUGUAGAGCUAGAGGAGCACAGAUUCAGUUAUUUGCAGUCCUUAAGCUCUUCCGUUGCUGUGCUUGAGUGUGUACCCCUUUCUGAUAAAUCCUAUCGGAUGCAUCUUAUAAUACCUAAGGUCAUAUUUAGUUGAA